UUCUGCGCAAGAAAAAACUCAACAGUCACGAACUGGCUGUUGUAACUGGUGCUUUCAUUUCACCUCAAUGUCGAAAUGCCAUGGGAGGUGCUGAAGAAACAUGCCCUUAUUGCCAACAUGUUUGUGCCACUGUGCAGCACAUGCUUUGGGAAUGUACUCAGAACCCACACCGUGAUCCUACUAUUAGACCCCACGAUGUGCUGCAGGAAAGACUCGCAUGGCCCACUACUGAUCCUACUAAGGUGGACCAUGACAACAAACUUCUAAGGUUUGCAGCUGCAACACGUGCUGAUGUGUUGCAGCAGCGCCACGACGACUAGAACCACCUCCAUUCUAUUCUGGCGAUCGCCUCUGGCCUGCGCUGCGGCUGCGGGCAAGUGCGGGCAGCGUCAUUGUCUACAUCAUCAUCAUCAUCAUGUUAAAUGUCGUAAGCAGCUUCUCCUGCGCCUCCAGCCACAGCAGAGUGGCACGGUCGCUGCGGGCUCGUCACGGGACCUGGCCGCCAACCAUGACGUCAAUUACACCGGCCGCCCUGGAUUGAUUGUGGAAAAUGCCACAACUCAGUCUAACGGCCCCCCAGAGAUGACCCGCAACGGGAAAAAAUGGCAGCUGACAAUCGAUGUGCCUCGCAGCGGGCGGCAGAUUGCAGAUGCGCUGAGCGAAUAUGGCUCCGUGGAUGUGGUCACCCAAGAACUUCGUGACUUGUACACAAGCUUUGGUUUCACGAAAGGACUCACUUUGGUUUUGUCAGCUGAUGCAAUGAAUCAGCUUGGCAUCACACUGAGCAGGUGGCAGGUGGGAAAGACAGGAAUGGCAGAAACAAAGUUCAAGUUUGGUAGGGACUGGAUGGCGGAAGAACUGGUUGAUUUCCUCAAACAACAAGGACCAAGGAAGACAUGGGAUGAAAUUAAGGAUCAGCCUCCACAGACGGCCAACACGCGGGGGCGCCCCGCGAAGAGGCAGGCCAAAGAACCCGAUGAGCGACAUCGGUCCAGAUCUGCCGCUGAGAAGCCCGAAAAGGGCGAUGAAAAUAAGGACCCAAUGGAAGUCGAAAAAACGCAGUUGGACUCUCAGACUCAGCCUGAAGCGAUUGACAAGCAGAGUUCAAAGCCAACCUCGCAGUCUCUUGGUAAUUUGACGGAUGCCUUAACCCAAAACUGGACGCUGGCCGAUCAAGGUGGAUGCGGUGACUGUGGGUACCGGGCAUUAAUAGACAACUUUCAUUAUCAAACCACUGGUGAGACUCUUUCCAAAGAAGAAUGCAUCAAAAAUGCCAAUCUAUUUCGUACGGAAGUGGUACGACAUGUUCGCAAACAUCAAGAUAGGUACGAAAACCAUGUCAGAGGUGGGAAAGAGGCCUUUCCUGCCUUUUGUGACAAUGCGUUGAAGCAAACUCACUGGAUAUGUGGACUGCUGCUGCAAGCAGCAGCAGAGGUGAAAUCAUGCUGCAUAGUGGUGUGGAAUCAAAAAGAUGAAGUUCUGGAAAGAUUCACUUUCGCUCCUGAGUGGAGUCCACAGGGGAUGCCCAGAAUGAAAAAAGAAGCACCAAUCCUGGUGGUGUACAGAAACGACAAACAUUAUCAAUCCGUCCGACCACCCCAGGAUCAGGACGGCAUGACUAAGGUGCCCAAACACUGGGCGCGAGAGACAGCCAAACCCGAGGCCGAAGCACUUGGAGGCGCUGGACCAAGCGUUGGAGAAUCGCCUAACACCCUGCACACGCUCUCCCCUGGCUCUUCCCAUGCUCCUUCGCUCCAUACUCUCCCCGCCUCCUCCUUUCGCGGAUCCUCGGGUGGGGGUGUGAUGAUCACGCGCGCGCCGUCCCUGCACUCCUUGGUUCCUUCCGCGUCUUCUCCUCCGCGUCUGCGCGCGGUUGUGCACGGCCAUGCGGCGGGUGGUGGUUCUUCGGGUGCCCUUGCGCGACCCCAUCCUCCGCGCUCCCCCUCUCUUCUUACCUUGGCUGCCUCCCCUCACUCCUGCGACCGGUCGGGUACUAAGGACAAAGGCGCAGUCAAAAAUGACAACACAGAAUGCGACUUUCGCCCUGACACUGCUCCAUAUCCUCGACACCUCAAGCGGCUGGAUGCUAAAUCACAGUCCCGACCUCGGAACUUCCUGAAAGUGGCAGAGCCUGGAGUUGCCCAGAAUGCGGGAAAGGCGGCGCAAGCUGCAGGGCACUUAGUUACUGAGGUCCCUCCGCCGGAUGCCAUGCGAAACCGCGAUAUUGACUACUAUAUCAGUAACCUUGAGCCCACUGAGGUCGAAACGCUUCCUGAUGUUGACUGGCAGAUGCUUUCGCAAACUUUUUUUCAAGCCCUAGUUUGUGCAGUCAGGGCUGCUGCCCCUGACAUGCUGCAGCGAGUGUCUCCGGCCUUACUGAGGAUUCUCAGGGAAUUUUGGGCCGAUAUUUGGAAUAGACGUCAAAUCUCUUGGGAUGAUAUUUGGGAUGAUUUGGUUACUCACACUCCACCACGCCCUGCUCCUGACAGCUGGCCAAGCCUCACACCGGAACAACUCCGUUCUGCCACCAAGUGUAGCCGCGGCAGUGCGCCGGGGCUUGACGGCUGGAGAGCUGAGGAACUUAGUUUGUUCAGUGACGAAAUGUGGCAGGAUGCCGGCUGUCCUCCAGAAACAGUUUCCACUUCCAUCACCUUGUUGGGAUUCCAGUUCAUGGGAGUGACCCAAAGAAAAGCCAAAGACCGAGAACUGACAAGACUCACUGAGGCGACCGAAGUGCUGUCACAUAGGCUCAGAGAUGCUUGGCGAAUCAAAAAAUAUGAGGAAUUCUUGGAACUUGACCGACGCGACUCAACGGUUUGUGCAGACAUUCCAUGUGACCUGACCCGCAUUAAUAUUCUGCGCAAGAAAAAACUCAACAGUCACGAACUGGCUGUUGUAACUGGUGCUUUCAUUUCACCUCAAUGUCGAAAUGCCAUGGGAGGUGCUGAAGAAACAUGCCCUUAUUGCCAACAUGUUUGUGCCACUGUGCAGCACAUGCUUUGGGAAUGUACUCAGAACCCACACCGUGAUCCUACUAUUAGACCCCACGAUGUGCUGCAGGAAAGACUCGCAUGGCCCACUACUGAUCCUACUAAGGUGGACCAUGACAACAAACUUCUAAGGUUUGCAGCUGCAACACGUGCUGAUGUGUUGCUGCAGCGCCACGACGACUAG